CUAACCAAUCAUUAACGACCACCCGCGGUAACGGUGCCGCCUCCUGUAGGCGCAAAUCGCCCAGAGAGAAGACGGUAAUUUUUUAUUCUGCCGUUUACGGCGUUAAUGUCCGUUUAUAAUUUUAAUGCCGGGUGUGUGAGCGCGUCCUGAGCUUGUUUCAGCAUGGCCCUGAUGGGGCUCUGAAGCGUCUGUGUGAACAUUUGAAGCGGACAAAGUGAAAUGCAUCCCCGGAGCGCUGAACCUGUUCCAUCCCGCACACAAAGCCUGUGAAGCAGGCCGUGUUUUUUCCCUCACAGAGACACCGCGCGGAUGAUGCUCAAACAUGUCGGGGAAUCAUUACAAAGGACACGAAGUCAGCUGCUGCAUCAAAUACUUCAUUUUCGGAUUCAAUAUUCUGUUCUGGCUGUUGGGCAUGGCCUUAGUUGGAAUUGGAUUGUGGGCAUGGAGUGAGAAGGGGGUUCUGUCCAACAUCUCCUCCAUCACAGACCUGGGGGGUCUGGACCCAGUCUGGCUCUUCAUGGUGGUCGGGGGGGUCAUGUUCAUUCUGGGCUUUGCCGGAUGCAUCGGAGCACUGCGAGAAAACACCUUCCUGCUCAAGUUUUUCUCUGUGUUUCUGGGAAUCAUCUUUUUCUUGGAGCUGACGACGGGGAUCCUGGCAUUUGUCUUUAAGGACUGGAUUAAAGACCAGCUUAACCUGUUCAUCAACAACAACAUCAGGGCGUACCGGGAUGACAUCGAUCUACAGAACCUCAUCGAUUUCACUCAGGAAUAUUGGGAGUGCUGUGGUGCAUUUGGAGCAGACGAUUGGAACCUGAACAUCUAUUUUAACUGUACUGAUGGGAAUCCCAGUCGGGAAAAGUGUGGAGUUCCCUUCUCCUGCUGCACCAAGGACCCAGCGGAGGAUGUAAUAAACACUCAGUGUGGAUACGACAUUCGAGCUAAACCAGACUCGGAGCAGAAGGACUACAUUAACGUGAAAGGCUGCGUGCCGCAGUUUGAGAAGUGGCUACAGGACAACCUCACCUUGGUGGCCGGGAUCUUCAUAGGAGUUGCACUACUGCAGAUUUUUGGGAUUUGUUUGGCCCAAAACUUAGUGAGUGACAUCGAGGCUGUGCGGGCGAGUUGGGUGCCCCCCCCUCUCUCCAUGCGUCGACUCCCACCACACUCCAGCAAGAAAGCAUCGGCUUACUACUCAUGAGACACACACACACACAUGCUGUAUGUGUGUUUGUAGCCGUUUCUUUACCUAAUGCUGAAACAGCAUUUCAACUCUAACAGUCUUUGAACACACCUCCUUGGAACAGAACGCCAGGGAGCAUUCAGAGGACGUCACUGAUCACCUGCACCAUUUUGUUCACUGAACCAGCACCUUUUCUCAAGGCACUAAUACGUGAAGAAAAAGCUCUGUAUAUAACACUGUGUGUGACUACUGUAAAAAGGUAACUGUUGGAGAGGAUGGUUAAACAUGCACUACAUGCGGAUCGUCACAAUGCUCCAGUUUUGAUAGCUACGUGUAGAGAGUAGGAGUUUUGAUACAUCUUUUUGAUAUUAGAUUGGUAUUUUUCACUGUGGAAAUAACGCUCCAUUGCUAAACCCAUCAUAUAGGACUGUGAGAUAGUGUAUAAAAGAAACCGAAGUUCAGUGCUUGCUUUACUUUUCCACCACUUGCCCAGGUUCUGGUCAUUUUAUCUACAAAGAUGAACUGAUUUCUUGUUGUUACACUAACAAUGAAUUUUGAUUUCUGUUCAGUGACUGUUUGAUCAGCAGUGAGGAUGUUUGUGCACUCUGUUUGCGUAGUUGAGCUAAAUAUUCUCCAAACACUAACUCAUCCAGCAUUGGAGGAAAUCACCACACGUUACUUCAACUGUUUAGCAUAAUGAGUUACUACUCCGCUAAUGGACUAAAAGGGACCUCACUUAAUUAUGUGAUGGAGGUUUCCCAUUACUAACAGAGACAAUAUUUCAUUACCACUGUGUUGCUCCAGAUUCUGAGCAGCAUGGUUGUAUCUCCCAUGGCUUUACCCUGGAGAUCAACCCUGUAUUCUUGUUAGGUACUGACUAAACACACAGGGAAUUAGCCAGUGUCAAUAAAUAUCUGGUCAGAUGUCCAAACUUGUUCACUUAUUCUCUGCUCAGAUGAUUCCAAGCAAUAAAACAUGUUAAAACUUCG